AUGGGCACAUUCAGUCCAGUUGUUAAGAUCACUACUGUGCGAUUGCUACUUGCUCUCACUGCAAUCAAGGGUUGGCACUGCCACCAAUUGAACGUAAACAUCACAUUCCUUCAUGGUGAGUUGAAGGAAGUAGUGUAUAUGAAGCCUCCUCCAGGAUUUUUGCUCUCCUCUCCUGAUUUGUUGAAGAAUGAUUAUUCUUUGUUCACAAAACCCAAAUCUGAGACCUGCUUCAUUGUGAUCCUUGCUUAUGUUGAUGAUCUCGUCCUUGCUGAAAAUGAUCUUGCUGAGAUUCAAUCCAUCAAGACCAUCCUUGAUCACCAAUUCAAGAUUAAGGACUUAGGAAAUUUGAAAUAUUUUCUUGGCUUUGAAGUUGCAAGAACUACCAAAGGAAUUGCUCUUUAUCAAAGGAAGUAUGCUUUAGAUCUCUUGGAUGAGUGUGGCCUAUUGGGCACAAGACCAGUGAGCACGCCAAUGGAGUAUAGUUUCAAGCUUUCUAAGGGCUCAGGAACGCCACUAUCUGAUGUCUCACAAUACCGCAGAUUGGUUAGUAGAUUAGUGUAUCUCACUAACACACAUCCAGAUAUCAGUUUUGCAGUGGGUAAACUUAGUGAAUUUCUCAGCGAACCAUCUAAUAUUUACCUCCAAGCAGCAUAUUGUGUCCUUCGUUAUAUCAAAACAGCUCCGGCCUCGGGGCUAUCCUUUGCAGCAAAUUCUGAGCUUCACAUUUCUGGCUUCGCUGACUUGGAUUGGGCACAAUGCCCCGACAAACGACACUCCAUUACUGGUUUUUGUUUCCUCUUAGGCUCUUCACUUAUUUCAUGGAAGAGUAAGAAGCAAUCUACUGUUUCCAGAUCAUCUUCUGAGGGCGAAUAUAGGUCACUAGCUGUGGCCACUUGUGAGGUUCAAUGGCUCAUCUACUUGUUGAAGGACCUCCGCAUUGAUCACAAACUCCCAAUUUCUCUGUACUGUGAUAGUUAG